UGAUUUGACUUUGACGUGUUAACCAGUGUUAACCAUAAAAUACAAAUAACAUUACAAGCGUUUUCUAAAUAAAAUAUUGCUUGCAUUUUCUGACCAUUUUAUUCUAAGUUCCGGAGAGUUCAAAAACAGCAAUGUCUUUGCACGGAUCUAAUGAUUGGAUGAAUGCUGCUCUUACAACUGGGACAUCUAUUAUGGCAGCGGAGUUUGAAGGGGGCGUAGUUAUUGGGGCCGAUUCCAGAACAACUACUGGGGCAUAUAUUGCUAAUCGGGUAACUGAUAAGUUAACCAAAAUAAGUGAUUAUAUUUAUUGCUGCCGAUCUGGAUCAGCUGCUGAUACACAGGCGAUUGCUGACAUCGUAUCUUACCAAUUAUGUUUCCAUGGAAUGGAACUUGGUGAAGAACCGCAAGUAGAAGUUGGGGCGAAUAUCUUCAAGGAAUUGUGCUACAAUUACCGAGAUUCGCUCAUGGCUGGCAUCCUAGUAGCUGGUUGGGAUAAGCAAAAAGGGGGACAAGUGUACUCAAUUCCAAUAGGAGGUAUGUGCGUAAGGCAGCCUGUUUCCAUUGGUGGUUCAGGAUCCAGCUACGUUUAUGGAUACGUGGAUGCAAACUACAAAAGAAAUAUGACCAAGGAAGAAUGCACCCAGUUUGUACUGAAAACUUUGGCUCUGGCAAUGGCUCGCGAUGGAUCAUCAGGAGGUGUGGUGCGUCUAGGAAUCAUUACUGAGAAAGGAGUUGAGCGAAAGGUUAUACUGGGGAAUGAAUUGCCCAAAUUCUUUCAAGAAUAAUUGGAGAAUCUUUGUAUAAUAAAGAUUGCUUCAUUUUUUUAAUACACUAUGUCAUCAUU